AGCACAUCAUCCCAAGCUCAACAUCAAUCACCACUUCUUCAGUUCGGGCAUACUAUUUCUGCCCAGCUUGUAUAUCUCAUCUGAGAGCUAUUCAGGUCUUGGUCAACGAAAGAUUCUCCCACUUUUUUAAUCUCCUCCACAAUGUCGGGUCGUUCUCUACAGAACGGGCUCCUGGCCCUGCUCUGCGCAGGCAGCGCUCUUGCUCAGGGUGGUUCACUGGCAUGGCUCUCUCCUGUCUACCCUCUGUUCUCUCAACCUCUUGCUUUUGGAAGCGAGAUCAAGCCACUGAAGACUGUUCCCAACUCUGACGGCUCUUCUCUCGACUACUAUGAGGUUGAGAUCAAGCCAGUCGACGUACAGAUCUACCCCAACUUGAAGAAGACUAGGCUUGUCGGUUACAACGGCGAAGUGCCUGGUCCGACAUUCCGAAUGCGCCAAGGGCGCGAGGCUGUUGUUCGAUUCAUCAACCAUGGCGAUCUUGCCAACAGCGUUCACCUUCACGGCUCUUACAGCCGUGCUCCGUUUGAUGGGUGGGCGGACGAUACCACAGAACCGGGCCAGUACAAGGACUACUACUAUCCCAAUCGACAGAACGCCCGUACGCUGUGGUACCACGACCACGCCAUCGAUCACACUGCUAAGAACGCGUACUAUGGCCAAGCUGGCUUCUACAUCCUGUCUGAUGCUCAGGAGGAUAGCCUCAAGCUGCCUUCCGGGGACUACGAUUUGCCCCUUGCCCUUGCUGCUAAGCGAUACAAUGCCGAUGGCAGUCUCUGGGACCCGGAGGCCAACAACGAGCAGGUCAGCGUGUUCGGAGAUGUCAUCCAUGUCAACGGUGUCCCGUGGCCGUUCCACAAGGUUGAGCCUCGCAAGUACCGUCUCCGCUUCCUCAACACCGGUAUCAGCAGGUCUUACCAGCUCUACUUUGAGUCCAGCGAUGCUGUUGGCACUCAGAUCCCCAUGACGGUAUUCGCCUCCGAUGCUGGCUUGACGCUUAACCCUGUCGACACCAAGGAUCUUUACAUCUCCGAUGCUGAGAGAUGGGAGGUCAUCUUCGACUUCACUUCCUACGCCGGCAAGAACGUCACUCUCCGCAACAGCCGCAAGGUCGCUGCUGAUGAAGACUACAACUCCACUGAUCAGGUCAUGCGCUUCAUCGUCGGCAACUCUGUCUCGGACUCAAGCAACAACCUGCCCAACGGUCUUCCUCAGAAACUGCGCGAGGUUCCCUUCCCCCCAGCCCACGCCCCGACCGAAUACAACUUCAAGUUCGAGCGCAGCAACGGCAAGUGGGAGGUGAACGGCAUCACAUGGUCUUCAAUCGACCAGCGCAUCCUUGCCAAGCCAGAGCGCGGUGCAGUGCAGAAGUGGUCCCUCGCCAAUUCCGCUGGUGGCUGGUCGCACCCAAUCCACAUCCACCUUGUCGACCUGCAGAUCGUGUCUCGCACCGGCGGCCGUGGCGCGGUGAUGCCGUACGAGAAAGUCGCGCUCAAGGACGUCAUGUGGCUGGACGUUAACGAGCAGAUCGAAGUCGUAGCGCGCUACGCGCCAUGGGACGGCGUGUACAUGUUCCACUGCCACAACCUCAUCCACGAAGACCACGAAAUGCUCGCCGCCUUCAACGUCACCGCGCUGCAGGACUUCGGCUACCCGGAGACCACCCGCUUCAUCGACCCCAUGGAGCAGCGCUACCGCGCCGUCUCCUUCUCCGACUCCGACUACAACGCCCGCUCCGGCCCCUUCAGCGACUCCGGCAUCACAGACAAACUCAACUUCUUCAUCGGCCUCGACGCCUACAACAAGGUCGAGGGCGUCGAGAAGGCGCUGGCCGCGUACUGGUCGACGCACACGCCCGGCGCCGCGGGCUCGGCGACCAAGAGCGCGAAUGUCGCGUCGUCGACGGGCGCGGCUUCGGGGGCUGCGACUUCGGGUGCGUCGGCGUCCGGUGCGUCGACCAGGGCUGAGGAUAAGACCGCGUCGACCAAGGUCGAUGACCGGACUGCGUCCGCCACGGGCUCGGGCAAGGCCAGCGCGGCGGCUCCGGCGCCCACGACGCUGAAGACGACGACGUCGGAUAGCCAGAAGGGGAAGAGCACGACGACUACCAAGAAGUGAGGUGCGGAGUUUGUCUUUCUUUGGGAUAUUGGCGUUUGGGCGUUGGCAUGCAUGGUUGCUCGGGAGUACAAGCGUGGCGUCUGGGUCUGGGAUUGGAUCCAGGGAUUGGGAUACAUCGGUGGCAUAUAGGGCGCAGAGCCAUCUGUAACUGCUUACAGUUAA